AUGAAUGGAAUGGGGAUAAGAUUCACUAAGAAGGAUAAAGAGAAGUGGAUUUCGCAUAAACGGGAGAAAUCAAGGGAUGUAAAAUCUCUCGACAAGCCCGACAAGAAGAGCCGCUCCGCGUCCGACAUCUUCACCUCGUUAUUUGGAUAUAUCAACAAAACAAAGUCGGAAAAUGAAGAAGAUGAAGAAAAGGAAAAGAUUGCACGGAUCAAAGCCUUGUUGGAAUCAGAAGGUCGGAACGAUGUGAAGGAUGACCAAAUUUUGUUCUGUUUGAAUUCGAAUUAUGCCAAGGGAGAUCCAGACAAAGCACACCAAAUUUUGGUAGUAAUCCAAAAAUCGCUUUCUGGAGUCAUUUAUCCAUAUGAUCCAAGUAUAACCAUGCUAGGAGCCGAAAAUUCUCGCGGAAAAAGCUGUUGGCUGGAUUCAUUCCUGGCUUCCUUAUUCACAGUUCCUACCCAAUUUCAAGAGCUACUCAGCAACUUUUACGAAGAUCCCUCCAAACAAAAAUUAAUUCAAUUGAUUCGUCUAUGGACCGAACGCAUAUUGGAUUGUUUGCAUGAAUGUGGUUGGGAUGACUUCAAGAAGGAUGAAGAGCAAGAUCCGACAGAAGCCCACAUGAAAAUCGGGGAUAUCCUCAAUUGGCCCAUGCUCAACUUGAGAGUUGAUUAUGAACAUGGCGGUAUCGUCGAACAGGAUGAUCAUAGAACUUCACAAGAGCGAACGAUACCGGUUUCAAUUCCAACUGAUCAAGAUUGUCAAGGUCCUCUGAAGCUCGAAAAAUGUAUAGAAUACUCCUUGGCUUCUUUUGUGAAGAUCAAUAGACGUAUCGAACCACGGCUACCAGAAACGGCUGAAAAUCAUGACGAGAAACCCAUCCAAGAGCAUGUGGAGGACGUAGAAGCCGAACCUGCUACUCCUCCUGCGACUCCUUUGGAGAUGAUAGGCCAGUCAUCUUUUCAUAACCAACUCGUCAGAGAGGUUACACAAGACCGAACUUCAUUAUACCGCAUUUGGUCUUCCAAACCUGCUCCUGCAAACAACCAAGAAUUCGCUCAUCGGAUCCAAGAACAUAAACCAAUGCUUGGGUUUGAUCUGAAGAGAUAUUGUAUGGUCAUGGGAAUGGACGGCAAAGAGAUGCUACAAAAGAAUAAAACUCAUAUUGACAUCCCAAAGAAAAUGAAACUACCUCAUAUUGUUGAGGGAAAGGAAGAUGAAGAAAAUGAAAACGAUAUAAUCAUUUCCAAUCGUUACGAGUUGGUCCUUCGAUCCAUGAUCUGCCACAGGGGAGAAUCUAUCAAACGUGGACACUACAUCUCGCUUGUUCGCUUGGAUGACGAGACAGAUGGUGAAUUGGAUUUUGCAGGAUCUAACGAUAGUCAGCAACCACCAGAUUAUGUCGAGGAGCGCUGGGUAGUCCACGAUGAUAUCGCAAGGGAUGGGAAUAGAGUAGCCCGCGUUGAUAUCGAUGAAGCGCUUGCAACAGACAAAUACGGCACGCCUGUUACCUUGUGGUAUGAAUUUGUUCCUAUUUAUGCGAAUUUUUCGCCCGAGGAGCUGCAAAACUUCCUCGGAAAUUCGACACCUCCGUCGUACACGAAUUCCUCCGUUCCGAGUAUAGAUGUUAAGAUUUCCAAAGCAAGCCCCGAUGUAAACAAUGGCAAUUGCAACGAUGAAGGAUAUUUUAGCCCUCGACCGAAUGAUGGACAGACCCCAAGCGUCAGAUUUUCAUCCGAAAUCGAUCGCCCACGUUCAAGUCUUAAUCUUCUUGAUGAUAAUAGACGAGGAAGCGUUGCCGCCACAGAUACAAGUAAUGUAAGCGCUGAUAAGUCAGAUUACGAUUCAGCUCCUGUUACGCCAAGUGAAGAACCAGCAACCCCCAGAACGUCACGAACAUUUCGGAGGAGCAAGACAUCACGAAGUCGGCCACAAAGUUCCUCGAAUGAAAACCGCAAGUCAUUAGGAUACUUUAAGGGUUUGAUAUCAAGGACAAGUAAAGAGUCUCUACAAAAGCCAGAUCUGAGCAAGGAAUCAAUACCUCCUGUGCCCGUAACACCCGGAUUAGAUGGCUCAGUUGACUCUAACUCCAAUGUGGAAGCCACAAAGGCAACCGAGACAAAUGUUACGAUGUCUCGCAAAGGGAGUAAGAAGGGCAAAAGGCGAAGCAGGGCUAUAGAUUUUGAAACCAAAGACAAAGAAAAAGAGUCAAAUCACACAGAUAGGGUUUGUAUUAUUAUGUAA